AUGGGGUUUAGUUUUGGUAUCCUGUUGGCCAUUUAUUCGGUUGUCCUGGUAUCUUCAGAUUCUGUGGAUAAUGUCCGAUUGGCGGUCUCCAAAGAAAUUUUGAAUGAGUUUAUCUUCCAGGAAAAAGAAAUGACUAUUCUAUAUACAAUUUACAAUUUCCACGAAUCACGCGCUGCCAAAAAUGUUGAGCUAUUUGAUAUCUUUUCCGAAACAGAAUUUACAUUGAUUCAUGGGAGUCCUUCUGCUCGGUGGCCUGUUGUACCUGCCUCCUCGAACGUCACUCAUGUCAUAAUCCUCAAACCUCAAAUAAAUGGCGUUCAUAAUUUUUCUAGUGCUACAAUUACUUACAAGUCUAAUGAUUUGCAGAAAAGUUCCUUUUUGUAUUCUUCUGCACCUGGUCUACUUACAAUUCACAGACUGAAGGAGUAUAACAAGCGUUUCACUUCUCAUACAAUUGAGUGGAUUGGUUUCGCUUUGUUUGUUACACCCUGCUUACUGAUACCAUAUAUGCUGUGGCACUCGAGUGCAUCAAAAUACUAG